AAAAAUCACUUUUUGAUUUGCAUAUUCUUUAAAAUUACAAUGGACGAUGCCACAGAUGAUAUAGAUUCUACAGCUGCAGCUACAACUUCUACGGCUGCAGCUUCUACAGCUGACGGCGGCAACGAUCAAUGGGUUUACGUCGGUAACCUGCCACACAAUGCGAAAAAAGGUGAGCUCUGCCGUCAUUUUCCAGGGACAAAAACUAUCUUAUUGCGGCGCACAGAAAUGAGGCACGAUCCUGCCAAGGUAGCCCUGAUAUCGUUUUUGACCCAGGCAGACAUGGAGCUAGCGUGCCGAAAGAACCGAAAAAAGUUCAUGUACAGAAGACUGUUGGUCUUCUGUUUGGAAUGGAACUGGACGUUUUCCCCGAAGUUUUCAGUUAUGGUUAAAAAUUUAGAUGGCGAUAUCAGGGAAGAAGCAAUGUACAAAGCAUUCCAAUCCCUCGGUCCAAUCCACGUUAUCCAUAAACCGCACUACAAUUACGCAUAUAUUGCUUUUGCGGAAAGCCAAUCCGUUCGAAAUGUGCUGGCGCUAAAGCGCUUUGAAGGAACCAAUAUCGAAUUCUUUCCUAUACAAAGGGAUAUUCCAAUGGCAACAGUGAGGCUCCGGCUACCACACAGAAGCAUCCAAGCGAAAUGUCAGGCAUAUGGUUUGAAGUACAACAGUGAAGCCGAAACGCAAACCCAGUUACUAGUAACUAAUAUUCCUCGUUACGCUUAUGAAGACGACGUUCUAAAAUAUCUUAUCAGAUUUGGCACAAUCACAGAAUGGAAAAUGUUUCCAUGUUCUUUUUCGUUACUUACCAAUAGUGCAUAUGUUACGUUUGAAAAAAGUGUGAUGGCUCGCAAAGCUUAUACAUGUCCCAGUCACUUCUUCCAAGGCAUCGCCCUGGAGAUCUAUAAUAAGGAGAUAACCUACGGUGAAACCGUUUCCACUCAUGCUGUGUUACUGACGAAUACCAGUAUAUUUUUGACAAAUGAAGAAAUCUACGAAGCUCUGAGCUUAUGUGGCGCCAUAAAGUACCUGCACCGCACCAGCAAGCGCGCUAUUGUCCGAUUUGAAUCCCCUGAAGCCGCACUGCGUGCUGUUAAGGUGAAACAAAUCGCAGAAGAAUAUGUCUUUAUCUCGAUGUACACUGAGCAAGGCUACAAUGCAGAACAACUCGUUACCUUUCUUCCUAUGAGAAAAGCAAGCGCGCUUAGGGAAGCAAAGAAAGAAUUGGUUGGAACAGUAGCUCUGGCAGAAACUCACAGCCUUAUAGAGACAAUUCAAAGUUUUCACUACUAUAAUCCUGACCCGGCAGUGUACCGAAAUGAAGUAAUGGUAAUGAACUAUCCUCCGCUAGCAACAUGUGACGACUUUAGGAGUUUUUUCAAACAUCAAGGUUUAAUAGAACAGUUUCGAAAGGAAAAUGUAAUGGGUCUGCAACCGGCAGUAUUUCUGAGCUUCCCUAACAAACUGGAAGCAAGACGAGCAUGCGCGUUGAAUCAGACAAUGAUGAACAAUAAGAGAGUGCUAGUUUUUAUGGCAUGUGAGAGGUUUUUGAUCAACCCAGAGUCAACAGUACUGGCAUUUAAGCUGGGCCUUGAUGCUACAGACGAAAAGCUUGUGGACCGAUUGAAUAAAAAGUCUAAAGUUAAAUUUGUAAUGCGCAUAGAUGAGCACAGGGCUUUGGUACAAUUUGCAGAUGCGUUGGAUGAUCGCGAUACGUCGGACAAGCUUGGCACACUUGUCGAUGCUGUAUACAAACUGUAUAGCUUGCAACAGACUGCGACGGUAGACGAACAUUUGCUCCCUCUCAUGCCUCCUGAUAGACCGACUGAUGAUAGAUAUGAGAACUCAUUCGGACCGUCAUCAUAUUAUGUGCCAGGUGGAGACAGUUCCUCUGAAGCCUCUGAAACUGAUAUGCCAACGGAGGAUCUUCAAGAUAUUAUUACUGUAGAAAUGACGGACGUCAGUGACCCUACUCCCACUCACACUUCGAAUCGUCCUUCUGAAAAUUCACUAUCAAGAAUUUUCAGCUUGCAGCCCCCGCUGGUUGUUACUGAACAAUCUCCGCACGUGCCGUUUGCCAAUGCAGUACCUUCUACCAGGCCUGCGAAUACGGCUUUGCCUAAUGUACCGAACAACAACGUUCCUCUGCUAAACACUACCAUAGCGGCUUCGCAGUCUGACAUUAUUCGUACUGAAAAUUGGGGAUCAUCAAUCAGCACUAGCAUGCUGCAGCUGCCCCCUAUUGCGCCCGCUAUGUUACGACUUAUGCAGAAGGUGGAAAAUCUUAUGCUGUACACGCCAGCGUUUACCGGCAUGACGAUGAUGCAACAAUAUCUACUAGUUAAUGGAAUUGUUAACUAUAUUAUUGCUAAUCCAAACUAUUUCGAUAUAAAUCAGGAGAACAGAAUUGAUGGCUUGAUGAACGUCCAGCAGGGAUUCGAGUUUGCACAUGUCCUUCGGCAGUUUCCACGUGGCCGGCCACAGCAGCUUCUUUCGCUGAUCGAGGCAGACUAUCUUGAAACCAUCAAUCAAGCCAUUAGUCAAUCGAACCCAGAACCAGAAGUGGACAUGAACACAAACAAUGCUGUCAAUAAUACGGAAUCAUCGAUAAGCACAAUGGAUAAAGUAAAUCUGGUAGCCGCUAUAUGUGAGCAGUUUCGACAAAUACCUCGCUUGGUCAAAAUGACUAUGGAUGACAAAAUCGAUUUUCUGUUACGCGGCUUCAACGACUUCCAAUGUGCUAACUUGUUAGCGCAAUUACCGCGGCCUCUACAGAUAGAAUUAGUGGAAAAGUUACAGAAAGGCUUUGAGCCAAUGGCGACAACAAAAUCUCAACCAGCAGCAAACGUAUCAGCGACGACAAGCUUCGUUCCCAAACAAGCUGUACCGAAAAACGAUCAACCGACGCCCACAGUGUAUCAGUCAAAUCCUCCUGCUGUUAAUCCUAUUCUACCAUUCUUUUCCCAAACGUGCAAUCCUUAUCCAUGCCCCCCACCUUUUGCAGGAGUUCCCCCACCAGUCGACAAUUUUUACAACAAUCAAUCGACCACAGUAAAUCCUGCUCCUACAAAUUCCAGUCUACUGUUGUACUCACAAACGUGUAGUCUUUAUACAAACCCACCAUCGUCUGCAAAUAUUCCUCCGCAAAUCGAAGAUUCUUAUAAAUGCACUCUGGCUUCAUCGUCUUCCACAAAGUCUUCAAAAAAGUCUAACAAUACAGGGUUCGAAAAGGUUUUUAAAGUGGGCAAAAGAGUUUACAGAAGCAAGCGCUCGCCAAUAUCAGACCACGAGCGGCGACGUUCACGAUCCAGGUCCCGGUCGAGAAGCAGUACUACACGUGUGUACUGCAUUUCUUCGGAUAGUGAUAACGAUAGGGAGUCCCGACAAACGGGAAGACGCCGCUGCCCUGGAUCUAGGUCUAAAUCUACGUCCAGAUCGAGGUCGCGGAGUAGAUCUCCGGCACGAUGGAGGAAACACGGAAGACUGACACGAAGGCGCCCUCUCACUAGGUCAAGGUCUCGAUCGAGGAGUAGAUCUCCGCCACGAUGGAGGAAACUGGGAAGGCAAACCGGAAGGCGCCCCCUCAGUAGAUCAAGGUCCAAGUCCAAAUCUAGGUCAAGGCCUCGAUCGAAGAGUACAUCUCCACCACGAUGGAGGAAACAGGAAAGACAAACAGGAAGACGCCCCCUCACUAGGUCUAGGUCUAGGUCCAGGUCUGCAUCAAGCCCUAGAUCGAGGAGCAGAUCGCCGGCACGAUGGAGUUCUUCUGAAAGCGAAUCCGGUUCAUUGGAUAUUAGGAAUGCGGACGAACCAUUGCCAGUUGUUCUCAUCAGUCAUGUGGACAUACAUGUUCCGACGGAGAAAAUUUCGGAAAAGUUCUCACAAUUCGGUCAAAUUGUGUCCCUCCGGCCAAGUUACAGCCAAAAUGGUCAGCGAAAGAAAACCAAGCGCGUGUACAUCGAAUUUGAUACUUACAAUCAGGCACUGCAGGCACUUGGGCUACACUUGACUCUCUAUCGCGGUCAUAUUAUGCGCGUAAGAUUUGCUAAUCAACGGCCGACUUUGCAGGGUGUAUUUGCAGUGAAAGCAACGUUUACAGAUCCCAUAAUGAUGGAGUAUUCUGCGGAACUGAGUGAAGUGAAGGUUCUAGAGAGAUUUAAGAAGCAUGGCCCAAUCGCCAAUCUAUAUUCGCGCAAUAGUCUUGAAUACUUGAUUGUUUACAAGCACUCGCACUCAGCUACUGCAGCGUUGAGCGAGAACCAUGUGAAAGACUCUUGGAAAUGUGUGGUCACUAGACUAGACGAAACUGCCUUAGAUAAAAAUCAUUAGGAGGCUAGUGUAAACUUGGA